AAAUUAAAAAAAAAAAAAAAAAAAACUGGGUCUGUGUGUAUUCUCACUCUUAUUAGGAUGAGGCUUUUGCUGCCAACCAUCCAUCCAAGAUAAAACGACAUCUCCAAACUGCGCCCUUCUUAUUUUGAUAUUAGCCUUGGAGUUUGAGAGAUAACCAGACAUACACAUAGAGAUAACGCAGGCAGAGAAAUAUGGCACUGAGAAUGUGGGCUUCUUCUACAGCCAAUGCACUCAGAAUCUCUAGUGCCUCCAAAGCCCACCUCUCCCCUGCAUUUUCUUUUUCCAGAUGCUUUUCUUCUGUUCUGGAAGGGUUGAAGUAUGCAUCUUCACAUGAGUGGGUGAAGCAUGAAGGCUCAGUUGCAACAAUUGGUAUCACUGAUCAUGCUCAGGACCAUCUUGGAGAAGUUGUGUUUGUUGAGCUGCCAGAAGCUGGUCGCUCAGUCUCUGCAGGUGUCGGCUUUGGAGCUGUCGAGAGUGUCAAAGCAACCAGUGAUGUAAAUUCCCCAAUUUCUGGUGAUGUUGUUGAGGUUAACUCAAAGCUUACUGAAUCACCUGGUUUGAUCAAUUCAAGCCCAUAUGAAGAUGGAUGGAUGAUCAAGAUUAAGCCCAGCAAUCCAUCAGAAUUAGAAUCCUUGUUGGGUGCUAAAGAAUACACGAAGUUUUGCGAGGAAGAAGAUGCUGCCCACUAGAAUUUGAACAUGCUGGUCCCAAUGAUCUUGAACUAACUGGUUUUCAGCUGUUUAAGGUUUGAUGUUUGAUAAGAAGUUGUCAUAUUAUGAAAGUACUCCGGGCUCUAGGUUCAAUUUGCUUUGCUUAAUUAUGUCCCUUUCUGUUGUACUAUGUAUCAUCUCUCCACCUUUUGUCUGUACUUUCAUGUGAAUUAAGGUUCAUACGAAUGUUUUUGGACAAAAAAAAGAAAAAGAAAAAAAAAAGAAUUAAGGUU